GAAGUCAGCCAUGUAUUCACAAGAUUCAUUGUUAAGUCCAGGAAGAAAAUCUACGCUAAUUCCCCUCAUUGCAUUUUCUUGCUAAUUUCCAUUAUUAACAUAAUUUUUCAUAUCCUUUUCUCAUUUUCAAUCUCAACUACUUAAGCAGAUUGGUCUGAAGUCAGGAGUCAGUAAUGAGAAACCAUACAAGACUAUCAACGUUCAUCCUGUUGGGAUUGACAGAUGACCGACGACUGCAAGUUCUGAUGUUUAUCUUUCUGCUUGUCACUUACAUGUUGAGUGUCACUGGAAAUCUGACCAUCAUCUUCCUCACCUUAGUGAGUUCUCACCUUAAAUCUGCCAUGUACUUUUUCCUCCAAAAUUUCUCUUUCUUAGAGAUCUCAUUCUCUACAGUCUGUAUUCCCAGAUUUCUGUAUAGCAUGUCGACUGGAGGCAGUACCAUUACUUAUAAUUCUUGUGCCACCCAACUAUUUUUUAUUUUUCUUUUUGGAUCAACAGAAUUUUUUCUCCUGGCCAUCAUGUCCUAUGACCGUUACGUAGCCAUCUGCAAACCUUUGCAUUACGUGGCCAUCAUGAACAGAAGAGUUUGCAGAAGGUUUGUUCUCUUCUGUUGGGUUGGUGGUUUAUUAAACAUAACCCCUUCACUAAGCCUAGGCUUAAAUCUGGAAUUCUGUGACUCAAAUGUCAUUGAUCAUUUUCUCUGUGAUGCAUCUCCUAUCCUCAAGAUCUCUUGCUCAGAUACAUGGUUCUUAGAACAGACGGUUACAGCCUGUGCUGUGAUGACCUUCAUCAUGACCCUCGUGUAUGUGCUUCUUUCCUACAUAUUCAUCAUCAAGACAAUUCUAAAAUUUCUCUCUGUUCAGCAAAGAAAAAAGGCUUUUUCCACAUGUUCUUCCCACAUGAUUGUUGUAUCCAUCACCUGUGGAAGCUGCAUCUUCACUUACUUUAAACCUUCAGCAAAAGAAGAACUGGACAUUAACAAGGGUGUGAUUGUGCUCACUACUUCCAUUGCCCCCAUGCUAAACCCAUUUAUAUAUACCCUGAAAAACAAACAAGUGAAACAAGCUUUGAAUGAUUCAAUCAAAAGAAAUGCAUUUCUCUCCAGGAAAUAG